AUGGAGCUAACAUUUUUGGUUAGUCGUGAUGGCGCAAAUGUCAAGAGAGUCCAGACUAGGCGGGCAUGUAACUCUUGUCGUCACAAAAAGGUGUCUUCCUCUGUCCGGAAACGAUGUUAUCAUAACGCUUCCCAGGGCCAUUCAGGUAUUGAAGCUGCUUCGUCUGACGUCUUGGGUCUUUCGGAUAGCCACAGUCCUGCAUCCCAGGCCUCAAGGCGAGAUCCAGCCGUGCGAUGUAGAUCUGCAUCUCCCCGCAGUGAAAGAUUAAGUCGCUCACCGGUUCACAUGCCGCCGGGAAAUGAAGCUGAAUUUUUGGGUAUCACCGAUUCAGGCACAGUUGCCGACGUUGAACAAGAGUCUCGUCGUUUCGCGUGCGACUCAAACCCCAUGGCGACUCUCAUGGAACAGAAGGAAUCAAGGUUGCAGAAAGGUCAAUCCCGAAAAGGCGACGUGGGAGCAUGGUUGUGCACUGAAGAAAACACCAUUGGGCAAGGUGAAACGACUAGUGCCUUGUCCCGGGAAACACCUGGUAUCCAUGUUCGUGAGGACAGGCUACCCCCGAAAUGGUGCCAAGAGGCCUUGAUGGGUAUCUAUUUUCGUCGGAUACAUCCGAUACUGCCUCUCCUUGAUGAGGACAAAGUCCGAGCUCAGUAUCGAGAGGGUAGUCUUUCUCAACGGCUUGUACAGACAUUAUGUCUUGUUGCAUCGAAAGACAGCAGCGCAGCUCCUUUCCUAUGUCUUGGUUCUGACUCCGGACGACUUCCACUAGAGAGAUUCAGCAAUAUUCUCUAUGACGAUGUUAUGCAAAGUAUAUCGAGGAGAGCCGGGAAGAAAAUCCUCACGAUUCAGAUCUUGGCGCUUUUGUCACUCCACGAAUGGCGCUCCACUGGAACUGAGGAUUGUUCUUUGAACCUGGCCCAGGCUAUUCACCAUGCUCAUACUAUUGGGUUGCAUUUGAUGAGGGUAGAUCAGCACUCCCAUCCACCAUCAAACGGUUUGUUCUGGUGUCUGUGGAGCCUAGACCGAUGGAACGCUGCUAUGAACGGACGACCGCUAAUGAUACACGACGGAGACAUGGGUCAAAGGGUGGAUGAAGUUGUGUCAACGUUUCAAUCGCCGUUUCGUAUCUGGCUGCGAAUUGCCGACAGGCUCGGGGAAGCGAUCAAAUAUUACCGACCGAUCAUGAAAGAUGUUGAUCAGCAUGAACUCGAUCUUCCCAGCUUUCAAGAACUUGUAGAACACAGCGAAGCCUGGGACAUGGCGCCAGAGCUUCUUGAAACUCUCGAUCUUGUUUAUCAUUCAGUAAUAAUUCUCUCGACAUACUCCAGUGGCUUACAAGGCCGCUCACGCACACGACUAUCCAACAUCCGACAGAGCCAUUCAAUCCUGAGCAUCGCGUCAGUCAGUUGCAAUCAGGAUAUUCGGACCUUGCUGCCGGUUCCCAUGAUCGGUUACACCAUCGCACUCGCUUUCUCGGUCACCUACAAACAACUACGAGAAAGCAAAUUACCAAGUGCACGCCGCACAGCCAUUUCCCAAAUCCGCCUCUUUCAUCAAUGUCUGAAGAAAAUCGGUGAUACAUGGUGGUCGGCAGCUGUGAUGACCCGUCUAGGCCAACGAGUGUUGAACAACCUCCAACCCACCAUAGAUCAGACAUGUUCCACAGAUCCUGCAAUCGAUAUCACCCGACCAAACUCUCGGCCUGAAUUGAGCCAUAUAUCUCCACACUCACUUACCUCGACUGAUCAGCUGCAGUUGUCCUCGGGUGUCGACAGUGCGCAGGUGGGAAGACAGGUAGAUGUUGAAUAUCAGAGCGCACAUCUUCCCUAUGGUCGGCUGGGAUCGGACAACCCUUCUGACUUGAAUGGCGCAAGCACACCAUUUCUGACGGCGACAGAGAUUGAGGACUUUGACACAUUUUUUGGGAAUUUCUUGGAUGUCGGGUUGCCAAGCUGUGCAAAUGAUCAGUUAUUGCUGGAUCUGGAUCUGCCAGACUUUGGGUUCGGCCAAACCAGUCUGGCUUGA